AUGGACCACAGGGGAUUACUCUCACCUUUUUAUCUGCCCUUCAGUGCUAAGAACAAAGUGGGAGCGCCUCAGCCUGGCUGUCAAGCCCUUCAUCCAUUCACCGAUGUAUUCAUUCAACAAGCGUCUGCCAGCUGCCUAUCAGGAGGGAAGUGAUUUUCAGAUAAAGGCUCUGGGAAUCCUGAGAAGGGUGGAAGGUGUGGGAAUGGAUGCCGUGGAGUGCAGGCUGGACAUUUUCCAUGGAGACAGCAACUCGGAUUUAGGUGCCAGCAGAUGGUGACCGAGGUGCCCCGCUCUCUGGAAGUCCGGGCACCAGCUCAGCUCCACACUUGCCUAGGCCCGGGGAGCAGAAUAAGCUGA